AUGAUUUUUGACAGUCCUAAAAAUGUCAGUAAUCCCUCCAACAGCCCAAGAAACCCUCCUCCUUCCACCCUUCACCAUCAGCAACACCCCUUCACGAUCCCUCCUCCUCCAUCCCUGCCACCCUUCUCCGCUUCUCCUAGCGGUGGCCCUAGUGGUGGUGAUGAUGAUGAGUUUCCUAGGAGGGAUGAGAGGUGCCUACAGUGGAGCAACCAAGAAACAAGGGACUUUAUAGAAAUCAGGGGCCUGUUAGAAGAGGACUUCACCUCAACAAAGAGGAACAAGAAUCUCUGGGAAAUGGUGGUUAGCAGAAUGAGGGAAAAGGGGUACAGGAGAACCCCUGAUCAGUGCAAAUGCAAGUGGAAAAAUCUUGUUAGCAGAUACAAGGGACAAGAAACAUAUGUUGUAGGUAGCAGUCAGCAGUGUCCAUUUUUCGAUGAGUUGCAUGCAGUUUUAUCAGCAAGUGCCAAUGAUAUGCACCAAACUCAGUUCGACUAUGAGGUUGCUUUGAUGCGGGGAAGAAAGAGGCUUAAAAAUGUUACCGGGUAUCAAUCCGCAGAAAAAGAAGAGGAGGAUGAUGAGAGUAAUGCGGAAGAGGUUGUAAAGGCACCUAAAAGGAGGGUCGGGAGAGAAAAACAACAAAGAACAAGAGCAUCAGAGAAACUUUCAAAAGAGUCUUCUACAAAUACAGACAAUACCGAUAGCAUUCUUAGUAGUCUUAAUGAGAUGAUGAAGAGUUUCUUCCAGCAACAACAGGUAAUCGACAUGCAGUGGAGGGAGUCUAUGGAGAAACGAGCCCAAGAACGUGAUCUUUGUGAGCGGGAAUGGCGACAAACAAUGGAAAAACUUGAAAGGGAUAGACUGAUGAUGGAACAGGCUUGGAGAGAGAGGGAUGAGAAGAGGAGGACGAGAGAAGACAGCCUGGCUGAGAAGAGGGAUGCCCUCUUGACAACACUAGUGAACAAGCUUGUCCCAUGA